CUGUGACUUCGUCUCUGCUUGAAACACGACCAUGGAUGGCGGCAAGCAGUUACAGGUCGCCCUUGUUUUCAGCCUUCCUCUAAUUUUUCAGUUCUGCACUGGGAACAACGUCACCGAUGACUAUGACAACACCACCGUCGACUACACCAUGUUCGAGACCCUGUGCGAGAAGGAGGAAGUCCGUAACUUCCGCGCUGCCUUCCUCCCAGCCAUGUACUCCCUCAUCUGCUUCACGGGGCUGCUGGGGAACGGGCUGGUGAUGCUCACCUACAUCUACUUCAAGAGGCUCAAGACCAUGACAGACAUCUAUUUGCUGAACCUGGCUCUGGCAGACAUCCUCUUCCUGCCGACCUUCCUGCUGACCCUCCCCUUCUGGGCUACAAGUGCCGCCAUGCACUGGCUUUUUGGGGAGUUUGCCUGCAAAGCCGUCUAUUGCAUCUGCAAAAUGAGUUUCUUCAGCGGGAUGCUGCUCCUCUUGUCCAUCAGCAUCGACAGGUACUUUGCCAUCGUGCAGGCUGCUUCGGCCCACCGCUUCCGUCCCCGGAUGAUAUUCAUUAGCAAGGUCACAUGCAUCCUCAUUUGGCUCCUGGCCUUCAUCCUCUCGAUACCUGAGCUGGUUCACAGUGGUGUAAAUAACUCAGACAACCAUCCCCGUUGUUCCAUCAUUGCUAAUGACUUGCAGACCUUCAACACUGGCAUCAAAGUGUCCCAAAUGAUUUUUGGCUUCUUAUUUCCCCUACUGGUCAUGUCUGUCUGCUACCUCAUCAUCAUCAAGACAUUACUCCAGGCCCGCAAUUUUGAGAAGAAUAAAGCCAUCAAGGUCAUCAUCGCUGUGGUAAUUGUCUUCGUUGUCUUCCAGCUGCCCUACAACAGCGUCAUGCUGGCCAAGACCAUCUCAGCCUUCAACCACACCAGCUCAUGUGAGGAGAGCAAGCAGCUUGACGUGGCAGAUGACGUGACCUACACUCUGGCCUGCUUCCGAUGCUGCCUCAAUCCUUUCCUCUACGCCUUCAUCGGCGUCAAAUUCCGCAAUGACCUGUUCAAGCUUCUGAAGGAGCUGGGCUGCCUCAGCCAGGAGCGCCUCUGGCAGCUCUCCACCUGCCGGGAGAGCAAGAGGUUUUCCUUCGCCAUGGAGACAGAGACAACCACCACCUUCUCCCCAUGA